UCAACAUUCCACCCCAGAGUCUUGGCCUCUAGGAGGCAGGAACAGCAGGCCCAGCCAGCCCAGAGGACUCUCUGUCCACAGUGUAAACAAGGACGCCACUGGCCCAUGUCCCGCAGGGAUGUAGAGGGCAGCCUCAGAGGCACUGGGCGCUCCCGGCACCAUGGAUGACGCUUCCAUCCUCAAGCGACGAGGCUACAUCCUGGGGAUAAAUUUGGGAGAGGGCUCGUACGCAAAAGUCAAGUCAGCUUACUCUGAGCGCCUGAAGUUCAACGUGGCGGUCAAGAUCAUCGACCGCAAGAAAGUCCCCACGGACUUCUUGGAGAAAUUCCUUCCCCGGGAAAUUGAGAUUCUGGCCACACUAAACCACCGCUCCAUUAUCAGGACCUACGAGAUCUUUGAGACCUCUGAUGGCCGCAUCUACAUCAUCAUGGAGCUCGGGGUCCAGGGCGACCUCCUCGGGUUCAUCAAAACCCGGGGAGCCCUGCACGAGGAUGAUGCUCGCAAGAAGUUCCACCAGCUCUCCUCAGCCAUCAAGUACUGCCAUGACUUGGAUAUUGUCCACCGAGAUCUCAAGUGUGAGAACAUCCUCCUCGACAAGGACUUCAACAUCAAGCUCUCUGACUUUGGCUUCUCCAAGCGCUGCCCGAGGGAUGACAGUGGCCGACUGAUGCUAAGCAAGACUUUCUGUGGGUCAGCAGCUUAUGCAGCACCCGAGGUGCUGCAGGGCAUCCCCUACCAGCCCAAGGUGUGUGACAUCUGGAGUCUGGGUGUGAUCCUCUACAUCAUGGUCUGUGGCUCCAUGCCCUACGAUGACUCCAACAUCAAGAAGAUGCUGCGCAUCCAGAAGGAGCACCGCAUCAACUUCCCCCGCUCCAAGAACCUGACGGGCGAGUGCAAAGACCUCAUCUACCACCUGCUACAGCCGGACAUCAACCGGCGGCUGCACAUCGAUGAGAUCCUCAGCCACUGCUGGGUGCAGCCCAAGGCACAGGGCCUGUCCUCUGGAGUCAUCAACGAGGAGGGGGAGAGCUCCCGGGGUGCUGAGCCCUCGUGGACCCCUGAUACUCCUGAUACCCCAGCCACCAAGCUGGAGCUCCAGGAGGAAGCACGGUCCAAGACACGGCCUGAGAUGCAGUCCAAGUCAAAACCUGAUGAGGAGACGAUGCAAAUGCGGGUGUCAAGGCAGUCAGAUCCCACAGGCCUUAAUGGCGAGCUGCAAAGCAGGGAAACAGAGGAGGGGGUUCCCUCACGGCCUCCAGAGACACACACCUAGCGAGCCUCUCUCGGCCCAGGGGACUGGCAGGGAAUGAUGCAGAGCUCAUGGCUUUGAGCCUGAGCUCCAAAGAAGCCAAGGGACAAGCCAAAGAAGGAAAACUGUCCUGGAUGAGCCACUAUUUUCAUCAGUUCCUUCUCCUUCCCUUUGAACUUGGUAACCCACAUGGCUAAAAAAACAAUAAAUAUUAGUGCAGACCCCAAA